GGCCCUCCCUUGAACCCCAGAAACCAACGCCAAAAACCCACACACACACACAUACACAGAGUGCAGAGGUGGAGCAUUCAACAAUGGCGUACAAUCUGAGCGCGUCGCCGUCAACUUCUCUAUCUCACGAAACCCAUCUCUUCUGCAACUCUCUCUCUCCUCCAAAUCUCCAUCAACUCAGAACCCAUAAAAAUCUCUUCUUUCCUCUCAAAAUCCACCCCGGAAACCCCAAUCUCCGCGUCUCCUCCAGAGUUUCAUUACAAGAACUACCCGCCGCGAACACAGCCUCCCAAAAUUCCGGAACCCCAAUUGAAGAAAAACCCAUUUCGAAAUCCACCGCUUGGGUCAACCCCAAAAGCCCACGCGCCUCCAAAUUGAGGCAGAAAUCGCACGAUUACAGGCACGCCUCGUUAUUGAAGCUGGCCGAAUCUUUAGAUUCCUGCGCCCCCGUCGAAGAGGAUGUUUCGAGCGUGUUGAAUAUUCUCGGAGGUGGUGUAUUGGAACAGGACGCAGUGAUUGUUCUGAACGGAAUGUCGAAUACCGAAACUGCCCCUCUGGUGCUCGAUUAUUUUCGGAAGAGGCUGAAGGUGAAGAGAGAAGUUGUGCUGUACAAUGUGACCAUGAAAGUAUUUCGAAAGUGCAAAGAUUUAAUCGGGGCGGAGAAUUUGUUCACUAAGAUGCUCGAAAAGGGGGUUAAGCCCGAUAACGUAACUUUCUCGACGCUGAUUAGCUGCGCUAGGCAGUGCUCGUUGCCCGAGAAGGCGGUCGAGUGGUUCGAGAAGAUGCCGUCGUUCGGGUGCGAGGCGGAUAAGGUGACUUGUUCGGUGAUGGUGGAUGCGUACGGUAGAGUUGGCAAUGUGGAACUUGCGUUGAGUUUGUACGAUCGCGCAAGGAGCGAGAAGUGGCGGCUCGACGCGGUAACUUUUUCGACGUUGAUUAGGAUUUAUGGGUCGUUGGGGAAUUUCGAUGGGUGCUUGAAUUUGUACGAAGAGAUGAAGGCGUUAGGUGUUCGACCAAAUGCCUCCGUGUACAACUCUUUGUUGGAUGGUAUGGGGAGAGCUAAACGACCGUGGCAAGCGAAGAAUAUUUAUCGUGACAUGGUGAAAAACGGGGUCGAGCCCACUUGGGGCACUUACGCAGCGUUGCUUAGGGCGUAUGCUAGGGCCCGAUACGGAGAAGAUGCGCUCGCGGUGUAUAGAGAGAUGAAGGAGAAGAAAUUGGAGUUGAGUGUUGUGCUGUACAACACUCUCUUGUCCACGUGUGCUGACGUGGGAUUGGCUGAUGAGGCUGUCGAGAUUUUCGAGGAUAUGAAGAGUUCGGGUACGUGUAUGCCCGACAGCUGGACGUUUGCGUCGUUGAUUACGAUAUAUUCUUGCAGUGGGAAAGUCGAAGAGGCCGAGGCGAUGUUGGAUGAAAUGGUGGGGUCCGGUUUCGAGCCUAAUCUCUUCGUCUUAACGUCGUUGAUACAGUGUUAUGGAAAAUCAGGCCGGACGGAUGAUGUUGUAAGGACUUUCGAUCGGAUGUUGGAGCUGAAUAUAAAGCCGGACGAUCGGUUCUUCGGUUGUUUACUUAAUGUAAUAACACAAGCACCGAUCGAAGAUUUGGGCAAGUUAACCGAUUGCAUCGAGAGAGCCAAUCCGAAGUUAGGCCACGUCGUGCAGCUUCUUGUCAACGGAGACGAAAAAAAAGCCGAAGGUGAAAUCUUGAAAAAGGAAGCCGGCGAGCUUUUCGGGUCGAUUAGCGUCGAUGUGAAAAAGGCAUACUGCAAUUGCUUGAUUGAUCUGUGUGUUAAUUUAAAUCAGUUGGGUAGGGCUUGUGAGUUGUUGGAGCUAGGGUUAGGGUUGGAGAUAUACACCGACAUUAUGUCGAAAACCCCGAUGCAGUGGUCUUUGCAUUUGAAGAGCCUCUCGUUGGGGGCUGCGUUGACCGCGCUGCAUAUAUGGAUGAACGAUUUGUCGAGGGCGAUUGAAAACGGGGAGGAGUUGCCUUCUUUGCUCGGGAUUAACACGGGGCACGGGAAACAUAAAUUUUCGGAAAAGGGCUUAGCUGGCGUUUUCGAGGAUCAUUUGAAGGAGCUGAACGCUCCUUUCCACGAGGCCCCGGAGAAGAUCGGGUGGUUUUUGACUACUAAAGUUGCUGCCACAUCGUGGCUCGAGUCGAGGCGUUUGACUGAUGUGGCUGCUUGAUCGAUACUCCGAUUUUUUGGGGUAAGUGUUUUUUUUUUUUUUAUUGAAUUUUGUUGAAUCUGCUGAUAAGAGGAAUUUUUGUUUUAUUCUUGUUUUGUUAGUUGAGUGUGGGCUUUAGGCGAUUAUAUAUCGAACAACUCUCGUUUGUUAUUGUCAUGUUUGUAUCGUUGCUGUUCGAUGAAGUGUGUUUUAGUGAGAUCGUUGUCUUUAAAUUCGAAAGAUGUGUAUUUAUGAUUAUCGAAUACGGAGACUAAAAAUUAUCUGGUUUGUU